ACUCCAUUUACCUUCAAUUAAUAACACAAGCAAACAGUAGAAUCCAGUAAAAUCUCACAAUCGUUUUCAAUUUCAAUUUCAAAAUCAAAAUUCUCCACACAAGUUACAACGCAACACAAAAACCAAAACUCAAAAAAAGAGAGAAUCACUGAAAAUCACACAACAGAGCUCGAGUUCGAAUCCGAUUCCGUUACAUUCCAAAACCCUAGCUAGGGUUCCGAUCCAAUCAUGGUCGACGACACCGUUACAUCACCUCCUCCUCCUCCUUCCUCUGCUCCCGUUCCUCUCGGUUCCGGCGUCAUCUCUCUCGUUAACCGUCUUCAAGACAUUUUCUCCCGCGUUGGAAGCCAAUCCGCCAUCAACCUCCCGCAGGUCGCGGUUGUCGGAAGUCAGAGUAGCGGCAAGUCUAGCGUCCUCGAAGCUCUCGUCGGCCGUGAUUUUCUCCCCCGUGGGAACGAAAUCUGUACACGCCGACCUCUUGUUCUUCAGCUUGUUCGGAGUUCUGAACCGGCUGAUGAAUACGGUGAGUUUCUUCAUUUGCCUGGGAAGAGGUUCUACGAUUUCUCUGAUAUUCGUAGGGAAAUUCAGGCUGAAACUGAUAGGGAAGCAGGUGACAACAAGGGUGUCUCAGACAGGCAGAUUCGUUUGAAGAUUGUUUCACCAAAUGUUCUGGACAUGACACUUGUAGACCUCCCAGGCAUUACGAAGGUUCCUGUUGGUGACCAGCCUUCUGAUAUUGAAGCCCGGAUCAGAACAAUGAUCAUGUCAUAUAUUAAAGAGCCCUCCUGUCUUAUUCUAGCUGUCACACCAGCAAAUUCAGAUUUGGCUAAUUCAGAUGCUCUUCAAAUGGCAGGAGUGGCUGAUCCUGAGGGUAAUAGAACGAUCGGUGUAAUCACAAAGUUGGAUAUCAUGGACAGAGGUACAGAUGCCCGUAAUCUGUUACAGGGAAAAGUUAUUCCCCUCCGACUUGGCUAUGUUGGUGUUGUAAACCGUAGUCAGGAGGAUAUUCAAAUGAACCGGAGUAUAAAGGACGCUCUUGUCGCCGAAGAGAAAUUUUUUCGCAGUCGUCCUGUAUACAGCGGUCUAGCAGAUAGUUGUGGUAUACCUCAGCUAGCAAAAAAGUUAAACCAGAUUCUAGCACAACAUAUCAAAGCUUUGCUACCUGGGCUGAGAGCACAUAUAAGCACUAACCUAGUUACUGUCGCAAAGGAGCAUGCAAGCUAUGGAGAAAUCACCGAGUCCAAGGCUGGUCAGGGUGCUCUUCUCUUGAAUAUUCUUUCAAAAUAUUGCGAAGCAUUCUCCUCCAUGGUUGACGGAAAGAAUGAAGAGAUGUCUACAUCUGAGUUAUCUGGUGGGGCGCGAAUUCAUUAUAUUUUCCAAUCCAUCUUUGUCAGGAGUUUAGAGGAGGUAGAUCCAUGUGAAGGCUUGACUGAUGAUGAUAUUCGUACUGCCAUACAAAAUGCAACUGGGCCAAGAUCAGCAUUGUUUGUACCUGAAGUACCAUUUGAAGUCCUCGUGCGAAGGCAAAUAUCUCGUUUAUUGGAUCCAAGUCUUCAGUGUGCCAGGUUUAUAUAUGAUGAAUUAAUAAAGAUGAGCCAUCGCUGUAUGGUGACUGAACUGCAGCGAUUCCCUUUCUUACGGAAACGUAUGGAUGAAGUUAUAGGGAACUUUUUACGGGAAGGCCUUGAACCAUCAGAGAACAUGAUUGCACAUAUCAUGGAAAUGGAGAUGGACUACAUAAAUACUUCCCACCCAAAUUUUAUUGGUGGAAGUAAGGCAUUAGAAAUUGCAGUGCAACAGACCAAAUCUUCUAGGGCUGCCUUAUCACUUUCUAGGCCAAAGGAUGCUCUGGAAUCUGAAAAGGGAUCUGCCUCUGAAAGAACUGUGAAGUCUCGGGCUAUUCUUGCAAGACAGGCUAAUGGAGUAGUUGUUGAUCCGGCUGUGCGUGCUGUAUCAGACGCUGAAAAAAUUGCAUCCUCUGGAAACAUUGGUGGAUCAAGUUGGGGCAUCUCAUCCAUUUUUGGUGGAGGUGAUAAGUCUGCGAGGGAGAAUGUAGCUAGUAAGCAACAUGCUGAACCAUUUCAUAGUGUGGAAGUGGAACAAUCAUUCUCUAUGAUCCAUUUGACAGAGCCACCUACUAUCUUGAGGCCAUCUGAUAGUAAUUCAGAGACGGAAGCUGUCGAAAUUACGGUAACAAAGCUGCUUUUGAAAUCAUAUUACGACAUUGUCAGGAAAAACGUUGAAGAUUUUGUCCCCAAAGCAAUUAUGCACUUCUUGGUAAACAACACCAAGAGAGAGCUACACAAUGUCUUCAUUAAAAAGUUAUAUAGAGAUAACCUGUUUGAAGAGAUGUUGCAAGAACCUGAUGAGAUAGCCUCGAAAAGAAAGCGUUGUAGAGAACUUCUUCGAGCUUAUCAGCAAGCAUUUAAGGACUUGGAGGAGCUGCCUAUGGAAGCGGAAACACUUGAAAGAGGAUACAGUUUACCUGAAACAACUGGUCUGCCUAAAAUUCACGGACUACCAACGUCAUCAAUGUAUUCAACAAAUAGUUCUGGAGAUUAUUAUGGAGCUUCUCCUAAGCACCCCAAGUCAAAAAGGUCUUCUCAUUCUGGGGAACUUCAAUCUCCAUUUUAUGCUAAUGCAGAUUCCAAUGGAAAUGGAAAACAAUCUGCAUCAGGCUUUUAUCCCACGCUUGAUACAUAAGCUAUAGCUAAACAAGUUUGUUGGUCCAAGUAGUUUAAUUCAAGGCAUGUUAUUCAUUUGAUUAAGUUCUGCCUUCCGGAGCUGGAAUGCAUGAACCUAAUGUUUUCUAACUAAGACGGUCUUGUAUGUCGGUCAAGGCUUUCUUAACCUAAGUUCACCUUUUGCUCUCAUAUAGCAUCGACAUUACUUACAAAGCUCCUGAAAGAAUAAUAGGAACAGGUGACCUUUCACAUUUUUGAGAAUCGGCUUUCUGUAUAUGACCUUUUUUUUCUUUGUUAUUAUUAGUUAGGAAUUGUCUUGGCAAUUAUGCACCUCCAAAGUUUGUUUGCAGUAGAUGUAGGACGUUAUUUGCUAUGUGAAAUGGCUUGACAUUGAUUUUUAAUAUAAAGAUGAGUCGUUGAUUGUUUGUUAUUGCAA